GUUAUUGAACAGUCGUUAUUUAAGUGCCGCCGAGCACCGUUGGUGUUAAUUGAACUGUUGGAUAUCUUUUCUGUUUAAUUUAAAAUGUCACGCUUUUGGUUCGCCUUCAUAUUACUUACAAUAAGCAUUUUUCGGGAAGCAUCAUCAUCGAAUAAAAAGGGCUACUAUACAAUUGUAACACCAGAAAGAGUCCGGCUGGGUGCUGUUUUUCAUGUAUCUUUUACACUUAAUGAUUUUCAUAAGUCCUGCUGGUUUAACAUGAGCCUUAAAAGUACUGACGGAACAAUAAUCUCUGGAUCGGAAAAUAUUGAAAUAAAACCAGAAACAACUAAAUUAGUUGAACUUAAAGCUCCUCCAUUGAAUGUCAACGAAUUUUAUGGAAAUCUUGAAAUUUUUGGAUAUCGAGGAAUCAUUACUAAACAUUCACCACUGAUAUUUUUUGAAAAUGAUCAAUUUUGGGCAUUGGUAGAGACAAAUAAACCAAAAUAUAAACCUGGGGAAUUGUUAGAAUUUCGAGUAAUUUGUAUUGAUCAAUUGAAACGACCUGCAAAAUUGAAAGAUGUCGUAAUUGUGGAAAUUUAUGACGGGAACUAUAAUCUUCUUAAAACCAUUUCUGAUGCUAAACUUGUACAGGGAGUUUUUCGAAGUCAAUUUCAACUUUCUAACUAUCCCAUUUUGGGUGAUAAUUGGGAAAUUAAAGUUUUAACUAUUGAUAAACGACUUUUAGGGGAUAGAAAAUUUGAAGUUGACACAUAUGAUCUGCCAAAAUUUAGGGUUUUUAUAAAUUAUACAAAAAAAGCUACAAUUUAUGAUGAUAUGAUGCUAUUGGAAAUCAAUGCCAGCUAUUUCUACGGGAAACCUGUGGCAGGAAACCUUACGCUGAUUGUUACGAAAAGUAUUAGCUCUCCUUUCCCAGAAGAACCAUUAUUUAUCAACAACUAUCAAAUCGAUGGAAAAAUUGAAAUUCCAUUGGGAUUAAAAACUGAUCUUCAAUUAAGAUCUUCAUAUCAACACCAAAAUUUAGCCGAAUUUUAUGAAAGUCCUAUCCUCUCCGAGAUUCGAUUCAACAUUGAAGCUAUUAUCGUAGAUGAUUUAAGUGAAGAAGUAUCUGAGACAGCUAUAGGAGUUGGAGUGUAUGCACAACCUUAUAAAGUUGAACUACAAGCUCCAAGCAUAUUUAACUCCAGUCCAUUGUUCAGUAUUAAGGUUAAAGUUUUUAUAAAAGAUUUGGAUGACAAUCCAAUCGUGAACACUUCACAGCCAAUUUAUAUUAUAGUUGGAUGUCGUGAGAAAUUGGAACGGUAUAAAUAUGGCGACACUGUUAUAAUUCGUGUUGAAUAUAAAAAUGAUAUUCAGAAGGACUUUUGGCCAAUAGAAGUGACCAAUAAAAAUUAUUCCGAAUGCUUUAUCUAUGCAGAAUAUGGAAGAAGUAAAUCUUCAAAAAAAUGGUUGAACAACAACGUACAACUACUUGAUAUGGAGAUAAUAACAGAAAAUCCACAAGAGGGACAAGAGGUGGAAAUUAAAAUCAUAAAUUCUGAACCUUUUGAAGAAUUUUCGUAUGAAGUCGUGUCAAAAGGAGAUAUAAUUGAUUCCGGCCACAGAAACGUUCCCGGAGAUCAAACCACUUAUAUCCUUCGUCUCAAUGUGACAUUUUCAAUGGUUCCCAAAAUAACAAUAUACGUUCAUCUAAUCAAAAACAAGCAGUUUAUUGGACAGUUGAAGGAUGUCCUCAUAAAAAGUGCUAUACAAAAUUCUAUCGAAAUUUACACAGAGAACGAAACGAGGCCCGGAGCAGGAGUCUAUAUAAAUGUUACAACCGACGAAGGUUCUUACGUUGGUUUAAUGGGACUAGAUCGAAGUAUUCUUCAAAAUAUCAAUGAAAAAGAUAUUCUAAAUAAUGAUUAUGUCAAUGCUGAACUUGGCAAUGUAAAUACAUUGGCUUUCUACGAUCCGACCAAUUUUAAUGGCCCAAUUGGUGAUAUUGUCACCUUUUCAAAUGUUUUUCCGCUAACUGACGGAGUAGGGACAUUUGGUGGUGGAGGAGGAGGAUUCGCAGGAGGUAUAUUACCAGCAAAACGUAUUCGAAAACUUUUCCCCGAAAGUUGGUUAUUUUUGGAUUUUGAAAAACUUACAAGUGGAAGAUUAAAUAUUCUCGAAACUGUACCAGAUUCAAUUACAACUUGGGCUUUAACUGGAUUUUCAAUAAAUCCUAAAAGUGGAUUGACUUUUACCAGAAAUAUAACCGAUCUUAGGGUUUUCAAAGAGUUUUCUGUGUCAAUGGAUUUACCAACCUUAUUUAAAGAUAGCGAAAUAAUUGAAAUUCCAGUAUACAUAAGGAACUAUUUGAACCAGGAUGCUCUUGCUACUAUCACAAUUGAAACUUCUAGCGAAAAUCUACUAAUUUUUGAUAACUUUCAAGAAACUUCGGAAUCUAAGCAAAAUAUUUCGAGGCUUAUAGCAGCCAAUGAAAUUGACAAAAUUUUAAUUUACAUGAAGCCACUAAAGCCAGGCCAUUAUAACGUGACUGUUCUCGCUACCAGUCCUGUGGGAAGUGAUGCCGUUCAAAAGACCCUCAAUGUCGACCCUCAAGGUAUACCUUAUGCCAUGUCAAAGGCCUACUUAGUACAUUUACCCGAAGAAGGCAUGCAAGAAGGUGAAGUCACAAUUGACAUUCCUGAAAACGCUGUUUUGGGAUCUGAAAGAGUUGAAGUCUCAGUGAUUGGUGAUAUAUUUGGACCUUUAAUGAAGACACUUCAAAAGCUGGCUCGAGUUCCUUAUGGAAAUUGCGAAGAAAAUACGGAGCUUAUAAUCUCUAAUUCUUUAACUUUGAAAUAUCUUAAGGUUCUUAAUAGUUCAAACCCAAGCUUGGAAAAAAAACUGAGACAUAACAUCGAACUCGGCUACCAAAAUCAGUUGUCUUUUAAGUACUUAGAUGGUUCUUUUGGUUCUUUCAAUCAACAAAAGGAAAGAACUGGUGAUAUUUGGCAAACAGUGUUUUCCUUAUGGGGAUUAAGACAAGCCAACGAGUUUGUUCCUAUAGAUCCUUGGGUCAUAAAAAGAGGUUUACAAUAUUUGAAAUUAAAGCAACAAGAUAAUGGUUGUCUUACAUCAGGUAGCGGAACAGACGAAGAUGUUAAAAAUACGGUUUUUGGAUUGAUGGUGUUUUUAAUGGAUGAAGAUUCAAAAGAGUAUUUCAAUGAAGUUAUAAGGAAAGGUCUAGAGUUUUUGUACAACAUAACUGAUGAUUUAGAAUAUUCUCCGAUAUCUGCUUUGUCAGUUUAUGGAUUGUUAUUGGGAAACCAUGAGAAGGCUGGUGAUUAUUUGGUGAAACUUGCUUCUAGUUCUCGUUUGACAAGUAAACAAACGCUAUGGACAAGACCAGAUACGCUUCAAGCACAUCUCAAAACGACAGCUGAAAGCUUAAUAAAUCUCUUUGAAUCCCAAGCAAUACCAGAACAAAAUUUAUUGCAAAUUGUUCGAGGUUUGAUUGUUUCGAAAAAAGGAGAGUCUUCUGUAACUCAUAUGAUAGCCUUGCAAGCAAUGAUCACAUUUAUUGAAAAGAUUUUCUUGAGCAAAACUCAGCUGGAAAUAAGAUUUGAAGAUGAUCUUAACAAAUCGGGAAGUUUUGAGAUUAAUUCAGAAAACUUACGAGUUUUUCAAACUUUCGAGGUCGCCCAAAAUUCCAAAACAUUAAAAAUUCAAAGUAAAGGUCAUGGAUUUGCUGUGGUCGAUGUGAGCUAUAAUUACAACCUUUUACCUGAAAAUCUGACUUCAAUCUUUACCACCAACAUAUCAACUAAUAAGACUUCAAAAUAUAUGGGAGUUUUAGUGAUCUGUACUAGUGUCACUAUGAAUAAUACUCAAAAUAAAUUAUCAAAAAUGGAAGUUAACCUUCAAUCUGGUUUUAUAUUUAUUGACAAAAAUUCCCGAGAUGAUGAGCGCAUUAGUGAAAAGAUCAAAGCACUACAAAUAAGUUUACACAAAAAUAAAGCUAUGGUAUACUUUGAGCAUGUACAGGCUACUGAAACUUGCAUUGAAUUGACUGUUCGUAGAGCUUAUAAAGUUUUCAAUGCAAAGCCAGGAUGGGUUACUGUUAGUGAUGUUUAUGAGAAAGAUCAAAAAUCUGGAAGAAGUUUCACGAUAAAUGAUUUCUGAUUAAUCGUCAAUCUAAAUAUUUAAAGGAAAUUAAUUGACUUUUUGAAUUGAAUAUAAAUUAAAGAUUUUGUUAAUAUUCUCAAAUAUACAAUAUGUUUAAAAAAAAUA